AUGGGUUUGGAUAGACGUCGGAUAUUGGAAACUUCGCUUUUUGAUCUGGAACAAAUCGUGACAGUACACUAUCUAAUGUACGUUUUGAGUGGUGAGGUCAACAUAUCAGAUUCUGUUAGUAGCAGUAGUGCAGAUGAUACAACAGUUAAUCGUAAAUUUUAUCGUACGCAAUUGGUUCGUGAUUGUGAUUUAGAAGAGAUUCGUCAAACUUACAAGGAAGUGGAAACAUGCGAAAUUUACGCUUUGCAUACGAAACCCAUUAAGAGUCUUUAUCUGUUGUAUUCCGUAGACGGUUUGGAAGACGCCGAAUAUGAGCGGACUGAUCCUGAACGGAGUUGGCUAUCAUAUCCAGAAACGAAAACAAAAACAGAAGAGAUGUUGGCGCAUUAUGGUGUUAUUUCUGCCAAUGAAGUUAAAAAAAAAAGGACACAAAAGGACUUGUCGUUAUCUACAUCAAGGUCUCCAGAACCAAUGGCUAAAAAAACAAAAAAUAAUAUAACUUCUCUAUUUAUGCAAGCAGCAAAGCUAAAUAAAGAAGAAACGCCUUCGAUGGAUAAUGUCUCGCAGGAGAAACAAAGAAAUGUUGGCAAAAAAGCUAAUAUAUUAUUAGGUGAACCUAUAAAACAUCGCGGGCAGCGUAUUGUUAUCGAUAGCAAAGAACAAGAUGUAAACGACAAAACUAAUUCUGCGGAAAAUUCAACAGAAAUAACGGCUUUGGAAAAGAAAGAUAUUGUGGAAACGAGAAAUACACUUCUAACACAAGAUGACAUAUUUUCUGAUGGUGAUUCAAAUCCAGACAAGAUGGAUUGUGAGGGGAACAGAAAAAAAGAAAUUGCAGAAGAAAUAGUGGAUCCGAAAAAACUGCCUCAGUUUUCAGGAAAUGACAGUUUAAAAAAUGGAAGUGAUUGCGGAAGCCGGAAAAAAGUGAUUCGAAAGGAAUAUGUCACCGAAACUUUUUUGGAUGUUGAUGGUUUUAUGGUUACAAAGCAAGUAUUGAAAGAAAUUGAACUUGAACCGUCAUCAACUAAUACAUCAAGUGAAACGCGUGGCAAAACAACGAAUACUAAAUUCCUAGAUAAUAAAGAGCGAAGAAAUACUAAGAGAUCACUGCUUCUUCGUUGUUGUGAAUACAUUUUGAUUGGAAGAACCGGUUUUUUCUAUUCUUCUUCAACAAUAAACCUUUGGCGGUUAUUGGAUACUGUGGCGCCAGAAUCUAUUUCAAAAAUGUCGACAUCUUACAAGGAAUCAGUAGCACGUUUGAAUGGUUUACAAAAUAAUGCAGCGACAAUUCGAAAAUUGCUAAAUGAACAUGGCCAAACACCUAAUGUAAAUCAUGUCAUGACAAAAUGGUGUCUCGAUAAGUGCAACAUUAAACUUGAAGAAAUUGACAGAUUGAACGUAAUACACGUGAGUGGCACGAAAGGUAAAGGCUCGACGUGUGCAUUCACUGAAUCAAUUCUACGACAACUUGGAUUCAAAACUGGUUUCUAUAGUUCUCCACAUCUUGUAAAUGUUCGUGAACGCAUCAGAAUUAAUGGUGAUCCAUUAUUGGAGGAAGAUUUUGUUAAAUAUUUCGAACAUAUUUAUAACUCCUUAAAAAAAGCAGUCGAGAAAUCAGAUAAAACUGCAAUGAUGCCUUCAUAUUUUAAAUUUCUCACAGUAAUGGCAUUUCACGUUUUUAUCAAGGAAAAAGUCGAUGUUGCAAUUGUAGAAGUUGGCAUUGGUGGUGAGUAUGACUGUACCAAUAUUAUUCAAAAUCCUGUAGUCUGCGGUGUAACUACUUUGGACUAUGAUCAUGUAGAAAUGCUUGGUUCGACAAUUGAAUCAAUUGCAUGGCAUAAGGCAGGUAUUUUCAAAAAUGGUGGUAUAGCUGUCGUUUCUGAACAACCUAAUGCAGCAAUGCAAGUGUUAAGGGAACGAGCAGCUUUUAAAAAUUGUCUUAUGCAAAUAGCUCCAUCAUUCAGUGCAUAUGGUUGGCCAAUUAGUAACGUUGAAUAUGGUAUAUCUGGUAUUCAUCAACAAUUGAAUAUAACACUUGCAUUUCAAUUGGUCAAACUCUGGCUAGAAAAAGUUUGCAAAUUUACUGAUUUGUUCAAGAAUACCCAGUUAUCAAAUUCAGAAGUAUUGCCUGGGUUUGUUGUACCGCAGAAAUUUCUAGAUGGUAUUCGGUUAUGCCGAUGGCGAGGUAGAAGUCAAAUAAUCAAGCGUGGAUCGAUAACAUAUUACCUUGAUGGAGCACACACACCGAAAAGUUUGGAAAAAUGUAAUUUCAAUUUGGCAUUAUUUUGUCCAUCUCGAUUAAGUCCUGUGAUGGAUCAGCAUUCUGAUCAAGCCGAUUACACUCAUUCAGAUCAUGGACAGUUGGCCAAAGUCGCAAAUCAUGCCACUCUGUGGAGAAAUUUUGGCUUUGAUGAUUCGACAGCUGAAGAAUUUGAUUGUGUCCAAAAGGCAGUGGAGAGAAUUGAAAAACUGGGAGCUGCAAAAAAUGAAGUUAUUGUUUUGGUGACAGGGAGUUUGCAUCUUGUUGGUAAUGUCCUUGCCGCUCUUGACUUUCAAGUUUGA